AUGAGAGAUACCAAAGCUGGAUACGAGAAGGUUAUAGGUUCGUUAUUCUUUGGCUCUCUAGAAUCCCAAAAGACUGUCUUGGCUAAAAACAUUUUCAGAAAUAGGUUCACUUGGUCUUGCUAUGAGAUUUUCAAGUCCCUUGCCUUUCGUAUCUGGUUACUAUCGUGGUUGCCACUUACAGUAUGGUGGAAAAUCUCCAGUAAUUGGAUUUAUCCAUACCUAGUUACUGCGUUUAUGUUUCUAGGGCCAGUGCUCUCACCUCUCACUCCAAUGACAUUUCAUGAACAUGCUUUGUCGAAGCAGUUUACCCAAUUUUCUAAAGAAAUCAUUAAGAGUAGUCCAGGUAUACAUGUCGAUGAUUGGGAAGCUACUGCAGCAAAUUUCAAUUCUUUCAUGCAUGAAAAUAGACUUUGGAAUACUGAAUACUUUUUCUUUGAUGGUUUGAGCUGCCAAGAAGCAUUCAGAACAACCAUUCUAGAGCCGUUUUCUUCAGGAAAGGACGAUGAUGCAAUACUCAAGGCAUUCGGGAAUUCAUUACCUUUUGUCGAAGAGGCUAUAAAGGUUUAUUAUAGAAAAUUAGAUAGACAAUGGAAUUUGAUGAAUUGUGAAGGAUUUUCAUGGAAUAUUGAGCAAGAAAACAUAAAACUCCCUAAACGGCCCUAUCUUUCCAAGCUUAUCUCAGUUUUGAAAAUGACAACCAUAAAAAACCCUCGCUUCCUAGUAUUCGCCAUCGCUUAUUUGAUCUGUUUUUUCUGUAUACCGAGGUUAAUGUUACCUCAUUUCUUAUUUUUCGGUGCAGUUUCCUCCUGUCUGAUGAUUGAGUACAUGGCACUGUUUGACAAUUCAAGAUUCCAAUCAUUGAAAGUGGAACACAAAAUGCGGUAUUUAUCGGACAUUAUAAGUGAGCAUAAGAAGUCUAAUGUCAGUGCUUGGGAUAACAUUGCGAAGAGCAUGAAUGUGUACUUGUUUGAGCAGAAAGCUCGGAGCUCUGAGGACUUUUUUUUGAAUGCCACCGAUUGUGAGCAUUUCUUCAGGCGGUUCUUCUGCACUUCAUCAGUACCCAAACAAUUUGCGUCGAUCAAUUCAUCAAUUGUCGAACUGCGGCCAUAUAUCAAGGAAGUACAGUCAGCUUGCUGUGAUGAGCAGCUGUUAUGA